UGGCACGCCCAUAAGGUUAAAAAAAAAAUAGCAUGGCACAUCAUUUUAUUUUUUCACAUGAACCACUUAUUGAUAUCAUUGCACCUAUUCAAGCAUGCCCUUUAAUCCACCCAUUCUAACCAAUUAUCUUUCAUUAUUUUUUUAAAUAUUUUUUCAUAAUCUAUCUUUUAUCCAUUUUAUUUGUAACUAUAUAUAUAUAUAUAGUUCUCUAGAUGUUGUCAAGUAGUAGUACAUACAUAUUCUAGUGUUAGUUACAAAAGUUUUGAAGUACAAACACUAUUUCUUGAGAUAUUCUAGUGAGGUGAGUGAAAUAAUAUUACAACGAACGUACGUACGUUUUCUUUUUUAUAAACUUGAAAACGUUACGUGUUUUGUGAUUUGAUUAUAUUAUGGCUGUAUGUUCGGAGAAGAAUGAUACUGAAACGGGGGGCCAGCCCGUUUCAGCAAUUGGGUUUGAGGGGUUCGAAAAGCGGCUCGAGAUUAAGUUCUCGGGUGCGCCGGUUUUUAGUGAUCCGUCCGGGUUGGGACUUCGGUCCCUGACUCGGUCUCAACUCGACUCGUUCCUCGAUGAGGCUUCAUGUACUAUCGUGGCUAAUUUGUCGAAUUCGGAAUUCGACUCGUACGUGUUGUCCGAGUCGAGUUUGUUUGUGUACCCACAUAUGAUCGUCCUCAAGACAUGUGGGACCACAAAGUUGCUCCUUGCUAUUGAUCCCACUCUCAAAUUGGCUGAAUCAAUUGGACUCAUUGUGUCAAGUGUGCUCUACUCAAGGGGAACAUUUAUUUUCCCAAAUGCCCAAGUUGCCCCUCAUAGAAGCUUCUCGGAGGAAGUUAGUUACUUGAAUAGGUAUUUUGGUAAUUUAUCAUCUGGGCCCCACGCUUAUGUGUUGGGUGAUCCGACGGUCCCGAAUCGUCAUUGGCAUAUCUACUCAGCAUCUUCGGUUGAUGACGUGGAGGAUCGGGCGGCUGUGGUUACUUUAGAGAUGUGUAUGACGGGGUUAAAUCGGGAAAAAGCCGGUGUUUUUUACAAAAAAGAGGGACAUUUGGCUAAGGAAAUGACCAAAAUGUCCAAGAUUAAUGAAAUUAUUUCAAGUCACGUGAUAUGCGAUGUGGAUUUUGAGCCUUGUGGUUACUCUAUGAAUGGGGUAGAUGGUGGGGCCUACUCAACGGUCCAUGUGACCCCCGAAGAUGGGUUUAGUUAUGCGAGCUAUGAAGUCAUGGGGUUUGACUCAAGUUCGGUCCGGUUCGAGCCAUUGGUCCAAAGAGUGGUAAGGUGCUUUGAACCAAAGGAGUUGACUAUCGCCGUCACAUGCUUUGGAGAUGGUGUGGCACGUGAUUGGGUUAAUGAAAAGAGGGUUGAUGUGGAGGGUUUCAAGUGCCAAAGUGUAGUAAAGCAAGAGUUGCCAGGUGGCGGAUUUGUCUUAUACAAGACAUUUGUGGCCCACGUACUAGCGCAUGAGAUACGCGUGCCUAAAUCAAUCAUGGUUUGGUCUUGUUGGAAAGCCGCAGAAGUGGUGGAUGAUGGCCGCGAGAUGGUGGCUUAUGGACGUGUCAUGAGUGGGGGGCUCUUGGGUUGGGAAAGUGCAAUUAUGAGAACGGGAUGUGCAAACGUCAUUGAUAGUCGUCAAAUUAGCUUGAUUGAGUUUUUUUAUUCAUUUUUCUUCUUUUUGGGAUUUAGAAUUACUAGAGCUCAUUAGAAUAAUACAAAGAGUGUGUAAUCGUCCGCUCACAUGCAAAAGAAUGAUUGUACAAUAGCAACUCAUUGUUGGUUUGUGCUUUUGUGUUACCAACUUAAUUAGAUUUUGUCAUAUUCAAUGACAUUUGAGUAAGUAAUUAAUUAAGAGAAAUUCUUUUAAUUCUUGUCUUAUUAUUAUUAUCGCCUUUACUUCUUAAU